AUGAAAUUGUACGUUUGUCUAUCCAUAUUGAUCGCGGCGAUAGUGGUAGUUGAAUGUUCUCAUACUUUUGUGGGUACUAGUGUGUUUAGACAGCUAGUGUAUCAUAAGGAUGCUAAAUACAGUGCGAAUUUAGUUAGAAAACGCGUUGAGAACAUCACAUAUACAUUGCCCCCUACGUAUGGAUAUGGACGUUCUAUCCAGGGUAUUCUAGCCUACGAUUUGAGCAACUCUGGGGCAUCAGCAAACAUUACCGCUGGUGGUGUUGGCUACCCUUUCGUCACGAUUCGUAUGAAGAGCGACAGAGGACGUGGGAUACAUUAUGACAUUAAUAUAUAUGCU